AUGUUCCAUGAAUCAACACCUAAUUCAUUUGUUAAAAAACCAAUAUUCAAAAAUAACUCAUGUCUUCAAAAUGCUUAUUUUCGUGGUCUCCUUACAACUUAUCAUAAUUCACCAAAUGUUACUGUUUCAGAUUGUAUUUUUUUAGAAAACAAAGUCCAAUAUACAUUUUUUGCACACAAUGGACUUAUUACAGUUAUAAACUGUACUGGAAGUGAUUUAACUGCCAGUACUGCAUCUGAUGGCGCAGUUAAUACAGAUGAAAUGGCUGCAGAUCCAUUUAUUCUCAGGCUUGAACUUCUUUCAUUAGGUAAAUGUGAAGCAGAAUACCCAUUUCUAUUCGAACUUGUUUUGAUACGAUCUAAAAAGAAGAAAAAAAGUUAA